AUGUUAAUCAUAAAAGUAUUUGUUGUUCUGUGCAUUUCUCUAUCUAAAAGUAUCGCUUUAAGUUCAGAUAUACUUUCAAUUGGAAAAGGGAAUAUUACUGAACAAAAUACACGAACAUGGAACAUAAAACUUGACAUUUACUUUUCGAAAUCACUUCCUGCGAUGAUUAUAAAACCACUUGGCAUCGAUGUGCGAUUAAAAUGUGAGGCUACAAUGAACUUCACUAAAGUUGAAAAAUACACGAAAAAUAAGGAAGGCGUUGAAACUCUAUCAAGAGAAUCUCCGCCAGAUCAUAUACAGCAGAGAUUACUGAAAAAUGUUAAAGUAUAUUGGUUAAAAAACAGUCAGAUCUUAUCUGAUAAUAACAAAAUAAAAACUGAUACAAAAAUUGAUAUGAAUAAUGGUACUAUAGGAUCUAAUCUAAAAAUAAAAGAAAUUGACUAUUCUGAUGAAGGCAAUUAUACAUGUGUCAUAAAACAAAACUAUGAAAAAUAUCAAACAACAUUACUGAAAGUAGUAAAAGGUACAACAAAUAAGUAUGACAUAUCAACCUAUACAUCAUUGACUCAUCAUCAUGAAGAACUGGAAGUAAUUGCAAAGACUACACCAGACUUGAUCUCGGAAGACAUGAAGUUGCAUGGUGAAAAUAUUACUGGAUCUCCAAACACAACAAUUGUCCAAAAGUUGGAACCAAUUUGUCAGGAAUAUAGUGGUAAAGUGUGUGCUGCACAUCUUAAAGCUCAGUUUGUUUACAUACCAUAUAACACUUCUCAGUCUGCUCUUGAAAAUAAACUGAUGACAGCUAUCAGAGUCACUCAAUACUCUAAUGAUAUUAGCUCACAGUGUGAAGGAUAUGCAUUGCCAAGUCUGUGUUACUCAACAUUUCCUAUAUGUAGAGAUCCUUUAACAACAAAUAUGAACUUUUUUGAAGAAGCUAAAAAUAUUCUUCAGGAUCUUUCCAUACCAACACAAACCACUAAUGCCGACCAAGUUAUGUCGGGAAUUGUUAUUGAAAAUGUAGCACCUGGUGUAAUGUCAACUUUAUUUAAUAAAUUGAAUAAGAAUGGAAGUUUAGAAACACUCAAUUACAGAUAUAAUUCAACAAUUCUCAGGCGAGUGUGUAAACAAGAUUGUGAAAUAUUAGAAAAUGAAUUAUGUCAGACUGAAUAUGCUAUUGCUAAAAGGCACCCACAUAUUGGAAGACAGCUCACAUUAGAAGAAUGCCAUAACUUGCCCGAAGAUGAUCCUGACUGCUUGAAAAUUGGAAUAGGGCCAGUAAUGGUUUCAGAUGAUGAAUGCUACUGGGAAAAUGGGAGUGGUUACUUAGGCAGAGUUAAUGUAGCAAAUAAUGGAAUGGCUUGUAUAGAGUGGUCGAAACAAUUACAACUAAGAGUAUCUGAUUAUCCAGAACUUUCAGGAAGACAUAGUUACUGCAGGAAUCCUGGUGGCAUAAAGUCCCAGCCUUGGUGCAUAGUUGAAAAAGAUGGAAAAACAGAGAAACAACUUUGUGACAUAAAUAAAUGUGCCCACAAAAUUUGGAUUUAUAUAGUUGUUAUAUUCCUCCUUUUGACCCUAUCAAUCAUUGGGUUUAUAAUAUGCCUUUGCUAUAGACAUAAGAACAAGGGAAGUGCAGCUACUAUCAGAGACAUAAACUUGCCUAAUGCUGAUAAGAAUAUAUAUGGAAACUCACGUUUGAAUUCUCCAAUAGAAAUGAAUGAGUUGUUGACUAAUCAGAAUAUUAAUAACCAACCACACUUGACACGAAACACAAGGGGUAAUGGUGUUCUUAGGAUACCUCAAUAUUCCCUAUCUCAAAUUAAGUUUUUAGAAGAAUUGGGUGAAGGUGCAUUUGGUAAAGUUUACAAAGGAGCACUGAAAAAGAAUGGGGAAACACAAUAUGUUGCUGUAAAAGCAUUAAAAGAGAAUGCCUCUGCUAAAACACAGGCUGAUUUUAGGAGAGAAAUUGAUUUGAUUUCGGAACUUACACAUGAGAAUAUAGUAUGUAUAGUUGGAGUAGCACUUCGUGAAGAGCCAUUAUGCAUGUUAUUUGAAUUUAUGGCUCGUGGUGACCUGCAUGAAUUUUUAAUGGGAAGAGCACCCCCUUCGGGAAAGGGUUUGCCUCCCAUGAGAUUACUCAACAUUGCCAAUAAUAUUGCUUCAGGAAUGCAAUAUCUUGCCUCACAUCAUUAUGUGCAUAGGGACUUAGCUGCAAGAAAUUGUUUAGUAUCAGAUGACUUUAUUGUUAAAAUAUCUGAUUUUGGACUCUCCAGAGACAUAUACAGUUCUGAUUACUACAGAGUUCAAUCGAAAAGUUUAUUGCCGGUUCGUUGGAUGCCACCUGAAUCUAUUUUGUAUGGGAAAUUCACAACAGAAUCUGAUAUUUGGUCAUAUGGAGUGGUUUUGUGGGAAAUAUAUAGUUAUGGAUUACAGCCUUACUAUGGGUAUAGUAAUCAAGAAGUGAUAGCUAUGGUUCGAGGGGGAGAACUUUUGGCGAUGCCGGCAGCGUGUCCGGCGCUAAUGUAUGCGCUCAUGCGUGACUGCUGGAAGCACACGCCUCAAAGGAGACCUAACUUUGAGGAAAUUGUUAACAGGAUUCAAGAAUGGAUUCAAAUGGGGGGCUGUCCAGAUUCAGUUAUGCCAGAACCAGGGAGCAGUAAUAGCUGCAGCCACAGGAUCACAGGUUCUUCCAAAGAUUUGCAGGAAAAAGCGCCGCUAUUGCCUCCACAUUGUUCUUCCUCAAAUGGCUCACUCGCCACAGGUAGUCUUAAAAAGUUCAAUACCGUCGGUUCUACGUCCAGAGUAACGGAAGAUAAUCGCUCCACAUCCAGCGAAGUGCCUCCUCUCGGACCAAAAACCAAAAAACACAGUUCGGGCUCUCUUAUUGAUACUGAAAAAGUUGGCACGCGAGAAACCGUCGUUCGGAUACCUAAUACUCAAUUUGGUAACGAAAUUUAG